UUCGCUCUCACUGUGUGUUUCGCUCGCUCGCUCAGCGCACUGCGACGCCACGACGCGCCUCGGGAGCGAGACAGAGCGAGCGGGAGAGCAAUAAUUUGAUAGCCCCCGCGGAACGCGGAGAGAGAGAGAGAGAGAGAGAGCUUGAUCCGAUUACUGGGCUUCGGAGCGAGCGCACGCAAAGCCGCGAGAGACCCUCAGCGCGGACGCGAGUCGACGGCGAAGACUGCUGCCGCUCGCCCGCCCGCGCGGGCAACGUCGUCGUCGGACGAGCGCGCGGCCCGCCGACGCCCGCCUUGCCCACCUGCUCCUUGUUUUCGACCUUGCGUGCGCGCGCGCGCGCAAGCACAGUCGCGAGUGACACCGCGCUUCUCCUUUCUGUGAUAAUUGCUUGGCUGUAAGCUUCCAUGGUGUAUUUGUGACUGUUUCUGUUGUUGUGCUACGACAUGAAGUGUUGACAGUUCGCUAUCUUUCGUUGCGCAUAUAUUCAUCAGCACACCUCGCAGCCACAAAGCAGCAGCAUCGUGCAAUUUCAAUCAGCAUCGACAAUGGACUACACAUACCUGAACCAAGCGGCGGCGGCGGCGGCGGCCGGUUUCGAGGUGUCGGCCUCGUCGUGCGCGCUGGCAGCCAACGAGAUACAGUGCGCGGGUUACCCGGACAUGAGCUCGUGCUCGCAGAUGAGCCAGGCGGCCUACCGUUACACCGCGGCGCGCUACGGCGCGCCAGGCAACGUGGCGACGAGCAACGCCAACGGCGGCGCGAGCCUGGGCUCUCACCACGCUGCCGCGGGGCAUCCGCACGCGCACCACGCGGCCGCCGCCGCCGCCUGCAGCGUCAUGGCCGCCCGCGUCGGACAGGACGUCGCCCAGGCGCACAGGCACGCCGCCAGCAUCUUCCCCGCGGCUAUCAAUCUGCAAGGUGGUCUAGGUUACAAAGCAUACGGCUGCCACGACGGUCUGGCGGAGAAGCGCAAGCAGCGUCGGAUACGAACGACCUUCACGUCGGCCCAAUUGAAGGAGCUCGAGCGUGCCUUUCAGGAGACCCACUAUCCGGACAUCUACACAAGGGAGGAGAUAGCAAUGAAGAUUGAUCUGACGGAAGCCAGGGUCCAGGUGUGGUUCCAAAACCGUCGUGCCAAGUUUCGCAAGCAAGAGCGUUUGGCCCAACAGAAGUCCGGCUCGUCGCAGCCGUCCAAUCCUGCCCUGGACAGCAACAAUUCGACGAGCGCCGCCGGCGGAAAUUCGGCGCCGAGUCCAUUGUCGGGCAACGUCAAGGCAGAAGGCCGCUCGCCACGAAGUCCCGCGAGUCCUGCGAGUAACUCGGAAGUCAAGCCCAUUGCUAGUCAGAAUCUGUUGAAACACCCGGAGGUGCCACAACCGCAGCAGCACGAAUCGCCGAAUGGUCGGGUAGGCGGCGCCGCCUGGGGCUCCUGUAGUCCAAGACCCUUCUCCGGCGCUCUCGCCCCUUACAUGCUGGAUCCGCUGCCCCUCAAGACCGCGAAUCUAUAUUGAAGAGAGCUUUAGGUCGCUCAUUUAUUUUCACUUUCUUUCCUUCGACCAAAUUUUGAAGCGAUCACAUGACCGUUGUCAUCGUCUUUGCUUUUGUUCAACAAUCAGGGUAAAAUUAGCGUUGUGUUGCAUAGUCGAUAUUUCGUUAGCGAUUCGAUCAUUCAAGAAUAUAGUUGAAUCAUUUGAACACGUAUUUUGAGACAAAAAAUCAGAGUGUAGCUCCGUUAGUUGAUCGUAUAACGACGGUUCACUUAUUUUUGGAGCGAGUGAUGUACUCUUUGCCAGCGUUUCGAGUGGCUAGCGCGAGCUUUCAAAAUAUAUCCUCGCCGAUCAGUAAUCCCCUUCCCCCUCCCUUCUCCAUUUCUUAAUUUCAAUUCGAGUGGACACUUGAAUGACCACUGCUGUAAAAAGAACAAAUAAGUAAUGUGAAACUUAGAUUAAAUGACCAUUGAGCAAGCAAAAGAAAAACAACAUGUAUCACGAAGUAAACUAACGUUCGUUUUAGACUGCGAGAAAUGAAUUUUUUCUCUAGAACACCAAAAGCCAUCCGAUAUACCAUGAAAUGUAUUUGGAAAGAAAAGUGUGUACCUAGAUCACGAACGCGCGUCUCCGGACAUUGUACAUAUAGUCUAGUUGUUUUCGUCGCUGUAUCGAGUGAAUAUUUGCGCUGAGAAGAAUUUUUUUCGUUGGAAGAAAGAAAACACGUACUAUUUUUAUUUUUCAUGAAUAUACAGAAACUAAAGUGAAUGUAACUGUAGCACAUCAUUUUUUUUUCAUACUACACGCGACAGAGACAGGUCAUCGCAACGUGCUUCGAAAGAUUGUAAUUUUGCUGAUCACGAUAUAUAAAAACCUUCGUACAACACAUACUACACUGCACCUCCGAAGCAAAUUUUUUAUAAUCAUUAUAUUACGUACGUACGAUAUAUGUUUAUAAAACUCAUCUGUAUAGAUAGCCUAUAAAAAUAUGAUCACAUUUAGUACAUUUUACAAUAACUUCACUUUGUUUAUCUUUUCUUUUUCGAGUGUUUAUUAAUUUGUUCAAAAUGAAAACACACUUGUUAGGUCGGUAAUUGUUUAAUCGAUUGGAAUGAUAUUCGUCCGUGGAGUUGAAACUUUUAGUGAGAACCGAGCCAUCAGUAACUUAUAAGCAAACUUUUCGUCCAAAGUACCGAUAUCUCGGACUCUCGAUGACUUGUGUGAAUUAGUCUUCUCAGUGCAAAUUUAUAUAAGGAGUGAUGCGCGUGUCGAAAGAAUAAAAUGCGAUAAACGGCGAUUCUCAAGAACUAAGGUUAAUUAUUAUUAAGUAUAUCAUUAUGUGUGACUGGAACUUGUACAGUUGUUGCUAUAAAUAUAUGAAAUUAGUGUUUUACACCACAUUUCAUUUUUGUCUCAACCUCUUUCAUUUCUUACUACUUUUUUCAGUUGUUCCCAUGCGGAAAGAUUAAAAGUAUAGGCAGUUUAUUUAAAAUUUUUUUUAUUGAUAUAUUCAUUUAAAAUAAAUCAAUUCUCAUUCUUAGUCGUAGUUACAUUAAAUUACGCUCUGGAUGAGAUGAUAUACUUACAGUGCAGUUACGAGUGUAAAUCAUAAUAAAACGAUCUAUCAUAUAUUCACAACGUCAUCGUUAAAUCUUGAGUUUCUUCAUAUUUUGUCGCUGUUGCUUCAUUGACCAAUGAGAACAACAAAAAUUCCCAAGAAAAUUGCAAAAAUAGAUUACAAGCAGUGCAAAAGAGCUACACCGGUUUUACUAUUUGCUUUUUUUUUCAAUUUUAGCUAUGGACAAGUUGGGUAGCUAUCAACAUCUAUGAUAGCAGCGGAGUACAAAAAUGUCUGUUUUUUUUUUUUUUUUUUUUUUUUUUCAAGUAAAAAUCGGUGACACCGAGUAAUCCCCGUAAUUUUCUUGAUCCUUCGUUGCUCAUUACUCCCGGAAACUUUUUUACUAACUUCUAUAUAUUUUUUAUAUAAAGUUUCAGUUACAAGUUUCCAACAUUGAUACUUCCGAGCAACACAACAUUCCAGUAAAAACUCAAAAGUUAUUCAAUCUAGUUAUUUUAAAAUAAAAUAAAAUAAAAGAAUUAAUAUAAUGAUGAAUGGAAUCUAAGGGCAAAAAUGGGAAAUUAGAAAAAUCAAAGGUGUGACACGCGAUGAAGAUGAUGAUUAAGCGAAUGAAUGUUAAAAAUGAACCGUGAAAAGAAAAGAAACUUUAUGAUCAGCAUUAGAAUGAAUAUUUCUUUUCUCAUCGUCAAUUAUUUUCGUCGUUUUUUGAAUAUCGCAAGGCUCCGUAAAUAAAAAAAGUUACGGGUAGCCCGGAAUUUAUUUCGUUAAUUCGAUGAUGAAUAAAACAAUUUUUCCUGUCGAAAAAAUUCCGUAGAACUUACCCGAAGUCAUUUUAGAGCACAAAUAUCGCUCUUAAAAUAAAAUAUUCUUACAUCAAGAGAAAAAUCUAUUGUUUAUCAAUAUUUUAGAGUGAAAUAAAUUAUUGAGCGAAUUAAAAAAAAAAA